GCUAACGAAAGUGAAAGUAAAGAGUUCGGGGAAAUUCCCUAAUCAAAAUGGCUGACAUGCAAAGUCUUUAUGACGCGGUCAUAGAGGCUUUGAAUAGCUCAGGCUCGCCGCUUACAAUCGACGAACUAAUGGCUUAUACUGGAAUAGACUUUGAAGCAGAACUGGAGACCGUGGUCGAUGGGUUAUCUAGGUCUGGGAUUGUGCAUUGUAGAACCCAAAAUCCAAAUGCCUGGGUACUUGUUCCUGGAUCUUUUCAUCAAGACGAAAACAUGGAAUGGCCUUUUCAAGAUGAAAAUGACUAUUACAACAGUGAAUCGCAUGUUGACAUAGACGAAGCCCCCAUUGAUCCUUGGGUGGAUGAAGAUCUGAUUGAUCCAUAUGGCAGCCUAGCAGACCAAAUCAUGGAUGUAUUGAGCGCAGGCAAUGGAUCCUUUACCAUCACUGGAAUACUUGACAAUGUAGUGAUGUCCACAUGUAAUACCGAUGUGAUGGACUGCUUGCUAUCACUUGAGAGGCAGGGUGUGGUGGUGAAAGCGAGAAAUGACCCACCAUGCUGGCGGGUGUCUGAAACGGCUUUGCAUGAGAGAUUGCCCAGUGCAUCAUCUGAAAGAGAAGGGCUCAGGCAGGAUAACAAUGAGAUGAGCACAUCUCCCAUCGCUGAACAAGCCGGCGGCCCUGUUAAUGACUUUAUGGGUAAACAGAAUCGCAUUAUCCCGAAUAACAUGAAUAACAGUACGUCAUCUCAACAUAUGCAAGAAGGACAAGCUAUUCAUUCAGAAGAAAAACCCAAAAUGAAUUUGCAGUAUCAGCAACAACCACAACAGCAGCGACAGCAGCGACAACAACUACAACAGCAGCAAAUACAACACCACAAACAGCACCUGCAACAACAGCGGCAGCAGCGACAACAACUACAACAGCAGCAAAUACAACACCAUAAACAGCACCUGCAACAACAGCGGCAGCAGGAGAUACAACCAGUUCAACCCAGCAGACCGCCUCCCAGAGGAGGAUGUCCCCCUCCUCCAUCCGCUGCACUCUUUCAAUCCCUGAUGACACAAAGCACAAGGCCUGCUGCCCCAGUUAUUCUGGCAGGGUGCGGGAGGGCUAUACAGAACCAGCCACCAAUGAACCCGGCACCCACUCGUCAUAUACCAGGGAUCGCACCUACUUUUAACAAUCCAAGACCAAUGCCAUCUGUACGGCCAGGAUUUCAGCAGCCUCAGACUAAUGCCUCUAUGACGUUUGCUGGACGAGGUCGAGGAAAUUCGGCUAAAGGUUUACCUAGUCUUAUGGAUCAAAUGGUGCACACCCAGAACAAUUAUCCUGUCAACGAGGGUAAUACUUCUGACAGACAUAACAAUAUAAGCGAAGAAACACCUCAAAACCCGCAUAACACAUCUUUUACCCCAACUGUUCCAUCGUUUGGACGAGGUCAAAUUCUGAACAGGAUACAGAAUGAUGUAAACUUGAAUACAAAUCAGGUCAAGCCUAGUGUAGAAAAGCCCCAGAUCCCCUCUUCCUCAUCUUCAGGAGGACGUCCAAAGAACCUCCCUCCUCCUCCAACGGCAGGUUUAUAUCAGAAUCUUGUAGACAGAGGCCCACAGUCGACCAGGGCAAGAUUAUCCCGGUCACAUUCUAGUAAUUCCACGAAAAGUUUAACUGCUCUAGAGUCGCGUGUAUUAGAGUUUAUGAGACGAGAGAGUCGCCCUUGUCAGGUGUUACAGAUAGCCAAAAGCGUUGGCUGCCAAACCAAGAAAGAGGUCAACCCAACCUUGUACCAUUUGCAGACGCUAGGGCUUAUUAUCAAGAUGCACGAUCAUCCCCCGACAUGGCGGCUUAGGUCAGAGACAAGUGCUCUGGACAUCUCCCUCGAGAUUGCAGAGAGACCGCGCGAUGAGGAAGACGUCGAGUUUUAUCAAGAUGAGAGCCACAGCGCAGGACAUGUGCUUCCCCAGAAGCGACCACACUCUACUGAAGGGCGCAGGGAGACUCCCUCUCCAGGGGCUGGGAGACAACUCGUGUCAAGAGGGCCACCGGCUCCACCAGCCCAGCUUUUGCAGCGUGACAGUACUCCUAUGCAGUCAGCUGUAGCACCCAUGCAGAUGGAAGGUGGCUCGCAGUAUUCAAGAGGAGUGCCUAUGCAGACGGGUGAUGGUCAACUGCAGCGUGGAACGCUUCUGUUACAGCAGACUAGGGGUUCAGCGCCUCAGAGCAGAGAUCAAGCUAUGCCGCUGUAUGGGGGUCCGUCUGGUUCACCUUCUCCCAGAUUCGAAGGACCUCAGAUGCAGUCACUCUCUAGAGAGGCCUACGCUGCUAUCAACAAAAACCCAGUAAGUGCCCUCAACGAAUACGCGCAGAAGAACCGCAUGGAAGUCGCCUUUGAGGUCGUCAAAGACGGCCGUAACUUUAACAGGCCACCUUUCACGAUGUUCGCCAGGGUAGGGCCGCACAGAUUCCCAUCUGCCACAUCAAGCAAUAUGAAAGAUGCGCGUCGGGAGGCUGCCGAUAUGGCACUUCGGGCAAUAGUAGGACAAAGCGCGUCUGGUUCUGGUCCAACUUCGGGUAGGUCCAAAGAGGUAUUCUUAUCACAGCCAUCCCCUGGCAGCUUGUCAGGAGUUCGUACGCAUUUUGAUCUGAUCGCAGCGUUGGCGCACCACGCGUUUUUGCAAAUUGCGGCUUCCAUCCCGGACAAAUUUGCAGGUCGUAAGGUCGUAGCCUGCAUUAUUAUGAAAGCAUCACUUGAGGAUUCCGGUCGAGUUGUGUCUCUCGGUGCUGGCAACCGCUGUGUGACGGGACAGAGACUAAGCAUGGAGGGAAAAGUAGUUAAUGACUCUCAUGCCGAGAUAAUCGCACGCCGGUCUUUACUGAGGUUCUUUUACGCCCAACUGCACGCACAUUUCGAUGGACAAAAGUCUAUAUUUGAAAAGCGAAACAAUAGCCGUAGGUUGGCCGUACGGCAAGGCGUGUCCUUCCAUUUAUACAUAAGCACUGCACCUUGUGGUGACGGAGCCCUGUUUACACCAAGAGAGGGAUUGAACACUGAUCUCUCGGAGAGUAAAAUGGAACAUAAGCCAGCUUUCACGUCCAAGCUACAAGGAAUUCUGAGAACCAAGAUCGAAGACGGAGAAGGUACGAUUCCGGUGGACCCAUCGGACGGGCCUCAAACAUGGGACGGACUGGUUCAGGGUGGCAGGCUCCGGACUAUGUCAUGCAGUGAUAAGAUUUGUAGGUGGAAUGCGUUGGGUCUACAGGGCGCGUUACUCAGUCACUUCAUCGAGCCGGUAUAUCUAGAGUCGCUCACAUUGGGUUACCUAUACGACCACGGGCACCUCGCGCGGGCAGUCUGUUGUCGACUCCAGCACAAGGUGGACCUAGGGGCGGAGCUCACGGGCUCGUUCCGCGUCAAUCACCCAUGGCUAGGACGCGUGACUGCCUACGAUCCACCGCGCGAGACGGAGAAAACAAAUAACCUGAGCGUGAACUGGAUGCACACUGACACGUGCGCUGAGGUCACCGAUGGGAGGACUGGGGCGUGUCUGACGCGCACUAACAACAGCUUCACGCCCUCGCGGUUGUGCAAGGCCGCGUUAUUCGAGUCGUUUAAAGAACUGUGUCAGAGAACUGACAGAGAAGAUCUGCUUCACGCUGACACUUACAGCCAAGCUAAGCAAAUGGCGGUGGAGUUCCAGAAUGCUAAGCGAGAACUCUUUGAGUGCUUUCAGAAGUCAAGAUAUGGGCAGUGGGUCAGUAAGCCAAUGGAGCAAGAAAUGUUUUAGGAUGCAUCCUUGGCAUCAAAAGAAUGUGUGCUUCUAUAGCAAAUAGUUGUCCUGCAGGCGACCGUUCGCAAUUAGGAAAUACAUAAUUAAAGAGACUGCUAGGCACUUGGAUUCACAUUUUUAUUUCAUAUUUUACUUGUUAAUGUCUUUUUUUAUUUCAAUCAUUACUUGUUCAUGAUUUUCGUUGAGUAAACUUAAAGUAGUUAGACUAUAUAGGUUUAGACACAUAAACACUACGAUGUUUAGAAAACUACACAGGUUAAAAUGGAAGUUUCCAGAAUAAAGCUCUUUCUCGAGUA